AUGGAGGACGUUGAGUUCAACCGAUCGCAUUCGAGGUCGCCGUUACCAGCGGCUGGCGACGACCCAGCUGACCCCCUGCGCCCCGAAAUCGACGAGGAGAACGCUACCCCGAAUCCCCCUAUCGGUGAUCCAGACCAAGAUAUGGAGGUGACAGAGGACCGACCCGGCGAGAUGCCUGACCAGGAUGACAUCGAGGCUGGCUUGUCAGACAACGAGUCGGUGCUUUCUGAAGCGCUAGACGAUGACCAAAUGGACGAGCAGUUUGGCGAUUUCGAUAUUAACAAUGUUGCUAUUGACGAGCGCCCGGCGCAAGCGAUCGACGAAGACAAUGUCAAGCAGAUUGGUGUACACAAGCGAAAGCGCACUGCUGCUGAGGGUGAAGAGCCGAAGAAGAAGAAAAAGAGGGCUGAAAAGCCUCGCCGCAAGAAGAACAAGGAUGGCGACGAUGACGGUGAUAUUGCAGAGGGUGACAGGCGAAGCAAGCGGUCCAAGAAGGCAGGCAGAGUCCGAGCCGCAAGCCCAGAGGGCGAUCCAGACGAGCAUCUCACUCCGGAAGAGCGACGAAAGAAGCAGCUUAAUGCCCAAAUCGACAGCAUCGUUAGCACCAGCUCGAAUCGCCGCCGCAAGAAGGAUGGCAUUGACCUUGAACAAAUGGCCGACCAAGAGAUUGAGGAGAUGCGCCGCCGUAUGGCAGCUGCCGCCGAAGCCGACAACGAAGGUCGAAAGCGCAACGAGCCUGCACGACACAAGCUCAAACUUCUGCCAGAAGUCACCGCCCUCCUGAACAAGAACACACUCAGAGAUACUAUUGUGGACCCCGAAGUGAACCUUCUCGAGUCGGUGCGCUUCUUCUUGGAGCCCCUAAGCGACGGUAGUCUUCCCGCGUACGACAUUCAGAAGGAUCUCAUGGCCUCAUUAGCCAAGUUGCCCGUCAACAAGGACACGCUUGUCGCAUCUGGCAUUGGCAAGGUCAUCAUGUUCUACAUCAAGAGCAAGAAGCCCGAGUUGACCAUCAAGCGACAAGCCGAGCGCCUCUUCACAGACUGGACGCGUCCCAUUCUUAGGCGGACAGACGACUACCGCAAGAAGGAGUUUGCCCAGGCCGACUACGACCCGAGUCAAAUCAAGACUACCGACAGGUCCGCUGCCAGCAGCCAAGCUGCCGCCUACGCAGCCAACCGAAAGAAGCAGCUCGAAGCCCCCAAGGCAUUCCAGCGUGCCCGCAUGGAGUCCGGUCCUACUACGUAUACCAUUGCACCCAAGAGCAAUGUUGUGUUCAACGAGAACGCACGCAGUCGUUCGAGCAACGUGGAUAUCAUGAAGCAAAUCAGGGGCGGUCGCAGCGGAGGCAGGCGCUGA